GACGCCGCUAGGCGGGGACCCGAAGGCUUGUGUAGCAGAUGUCUCGACAUCUGAAUCGCAAGCAAGAUGAAUAUAUAGAGCGCAGAAGAUGUAUUCAGGAAUGUUACAAUAAAGACUCAAUUCAUUCAAAUCCUUCACAGCGAGAUAAACAACACCCCACACAUACCAAACAUCAUGUCGCAACAAAAAUUGAAGCCUACCUUUGACGAUGUCAUGGGUUGCCAGACUGCAGUCUACGAGUGGGCAGACAGCUACGACAGCAAGGACUGGGACCGCCUGCGCAAGUGCAUCGCUCCAACACUGAGAAUCGACUACCGCUCCUUCUUGGAUAAAAUCUGGGAAGAGAUGUCGGCUGAGGACUUCGUGGAAAUGGCCUCUGACCCUGCCGUUCUCGGAAACCCUCUCCUCAAGACACAACAUUUCAUCGGUGGCACACGGUGGGAGAAAACUGCGGAGGACGAGAUCACCGGAUACCACCAACUGCGCGUUCCUCAUCAGAGGUACACGGAUGAAACGCGCUCGACUGUUGCCGUCAAGGGCCAUGCACACAGCGCGAACACGCACUGGUACAAGAAGGUCGACGGCGAGUGGAAGUUUGCUGGUCUCUGCCCAGAUAUCAGGUGGUUCGAGUACGACUUUGACAAGGUCUUUGCUGAGGGAAGGGACUCGUUUGGCGAGGAGAAGGAUUUGGCGCAAGCGGCCAAUGGAAUCCCGGCAGAGAAGAUCUCAGGGCACAAAUUUGACUGAGAUGGAGUCUGAGGAACACGGAUACAGAUCCAGUUGUCUGGUUAGCGCCAAGUGAGGGAGUUGUUCAAUGUGGAGAUACCAAUAAAUGACAUGAUUUUUCUGCUAGAGCUUUGCUGAUGACGCUCAUUCUGGAGUGGUGUGGUGGCACAUGACCAUCAAUAUCGAACUUCGACAUUGCCAUGCAUGCCUUUUUUAUGGAAGGUGAUGAUGGAGUCGGUUCGCCUUGCUUGCCUUUUGCAGCGCCUGGUGGUUAGUGUUGGUGUUCUGACCAGCGCGGUGAGGUAAUGCACCUGCAGGCCUGCCGUUGGCUGGCAACGUGAUUUGACGAAAACGUUGGUGCAAAGUCUGCAGCGCAGCACAGAGCCCCUCACAGGCGGCCACAGCUGGGCCCAAGCAGC